AUGAAACUCCCACCCUCCUGGCUCCUCGCCAGCGGCAUCGCCAUAACCAUGACCGCUAUCCCCACAGCCACAGCCAGACCAUGGACCCAAGUACCACGACCAAGAGCAGAAAACACCACCACUAAUCCCACCUACUUCUUCACUUUCGGAGACUCCUACUCCCAAACCGGCUUCAGCGCCUCCGGCACCCAACCCUCCGCCUCCAAUCCCAUGGGCAAUCCAGACCUAGGAAUCGGCACCACAACCAACGGCCCCAACUGGAUCGGCUACCUAACCACAACCGAAAACGCCUCGCUAGUCCUCAAUUACAACUUCGCCGCGGGGGGAGCCACAAUCGACAAUGCCCUAGUCCCCGCAUACCCGGGUGACUUGGCAUCACAGUUCCGGCUGUUUGAGGAUGUGUAUGCCCAGAAGCCCGAGUCGGCGCCUUGGGAUGCUAAGGAUGCGGUGUUUGGGGUGUGGAUUGGGAUAAAUGAUAUCGGAAACGCAUUCUACUCCACCGACGCAGCGACAUACACACCGAAGCUCAUAUCCCGACUAGAAAGUCUCGUGGAGGAGGUAUAUAAGAACGGGGGCAGGAAGUUCCUGUUUCUGAAUGUCCCGCCGACGAGUCGCAGUCCGUUGUUUUUGGAUCAGGGUGAGGAGGUCGUCGAGCAGCAUGCGGCGUAUUUGGCGGUUUAUAAUGAGAAUUUGGAGCGAAUGGUGGAGAGGUUUAAUAAGGGGAAGGGGGAUGUAACUACCGUCCUCUAUGACUCGUGGUCAUUCAUGACGAAAAUCCUGGAUGAUCCGACGGCGUAUGGAUUCCCUAAUGCCACGUGUAUCGAUGAUGAUGGGACGUCGUGUAUUUGGUGGAAUAAUUAUCAUCCCGGGAUGAAGUAUCAUCUUUUGCAGGCGGAGGAUAUGAAGGGGGUGAUGGGGGGGUUGGGGGGUUGGUAG